AUGGACCGCUCGGGCGCUCCGUCUGGCUUGCCUUUGGCUCCACCCGUCAUACCCGCUGGCGAGGCCGAGCAAGACCGAGCAGCAAGUAGAGGAGUCGCUGCACAACCACCAACAACUGCUACACCUACGGCUCAAGACCCUGUAGCACAGGCCCAAGGCUCCGACCUCGAGCAACUCGCCGCCGUCGCGAGUCGUGCGACCGCCGCCCCACCGCCCUUAUUAGCAGCCGAGGUCCGAGCCCAUCGGCGCCUGCGAUCGCGACGGCAAGAAUCGCUGCAGCUCGCCGGACGAACGAGUGCGAUCGACUGGUCCAAAAUCAUCAUGGCCAGUACUGGAGCUGAAGAUGGUGGUGUUGGUGGAGCAAAUCUGCCCGAUGAGAAUGACUUUGAUCAACUGUCGAGGUACGUCCGGUCGUUUCGAGGUCGGGGUCCUCCGAAACGAAGACAAGCGACGGUGGCCCCGGCGACUUGGGAGGUUCGCAAUCCCGGGUCCAGCUUCCGCGAUCUCAAGAUGGGCUGACACUCCCCUCCUUGCGAUGCGCAUCGUUAUUCAGGGAUGAGAUCCUGCAAGUCUUUCAAAGACAGUACUUGGAGAUGGAGGACCUGCGCUCGCGCGUCAACAGCUUGGAGGACGAUCAGGCCACACUCGUGAAUGAGAACGGCGACGUCUUGAAGCAGCUCGACAAUGUCCGGGCGACCAAUUCCGACUUGUUGGCCGAGCAGGCGAGGAUGUGAGUAUUGGAACUUUUCUCUCGUGAGUCGUGGUGUUCGCGGGCUGGUGUGCUGACUCUGGAUGAUGUGUAAUUUCGACACGACAGGGAGGAAGAGCUCGCGGGUAGGAUCGAGGUAUUGGACAAGCUACGGGCCUCUGUCAGAGAAUUGGAACGAGAAAAGAGGGAUGCUUUAAAACGGUAUCGAGAGCAGGUACGUGCGAACGGAAAAUUGCAUUGCAACCCGGCGACUCCACGAGCUUCGGCGAUCUAACACUUCCGCUCCCGUCCUCCUUGCACAGGCCGACUCUUUCGAUUCUGAGCGCCAGUCUUGGUACGACCAGGAAGCGCACUACAAGGGACGGCUCGCCAACCUCGCCACUGUUGGUGCUCGUCGUACACCCCGUUCCUCGCUUGGACCCGAAGCAUCUUUGGCUCCCUCGCCGAAGAAGUCUGACGAAGACAAGCAAUCGACCCUUUCCCCCGAAGACGACCUCCCGGCGUCCAAGGAAGGCAAGACGUCCGAUGGCGAGUCGUCCAAUUCGUCCAUUCCAAAUAGGAAGAAAGUCUCUGCACCUUCGACUGGACCGACGGCGAACGAAUUGGCGCUGCAAGAGCAAUUGACGACUCUCUCGACCGCACACGAAUCCCUCACGGUCACGCUGCGCACUGUUCAACAUGAAUUGACCGAUCUGAAACGCGUCUACCAGGAUUUGCAAGAGGAGAACGAGUCGUAUGAGAUCCUCUUGGGAGAAAAGACGUUGAAUGGCGAGGUGCGAGAUACGGACCUGUUCAAGCGCAGCUUCCAAUGGGAAGAGGCGGAAGGGUCGACACCCCUCAGCGAAGGACUUGGAUUCUUGGGCGGCUUGGAAAGCGUGGGAGAGGAAGAAGACUUUUCGGAUGACGAUGAAGAGGAUAGUGAAGAGCGCGAACUCGAUGAUGACGAGGUCGAACUCGCAUUACUCGAGGCGCAAGGCACCGGCUCGCCGAAUUCGGGCGCCGUGCAGACCAAAGGAGGUUCUCGCAGACGGGCCAAGAAGCGACCUAGCUUUGAGAGCGGCGCGGGUGGUGGAUUGGACCUGGCUGCCGAGUUGGAGAUGGCGCAGGCCGUGGAUCACGAAGAGGAGGAACGAAAAGCGGCCAAGUUGGAGAGACGACGAGCUUCCGAGGCCAGAAAGGCGACUGCAGUGGCGCAAAAACGCAAGGACUCGAUGCCGUCGAUGCCCCAAUCAGUUGAAGGUAGGUUCGAUCUCUUUCAAUGUGCUCGCUUGACGAUCCCGAGCUGACCGCUAUUUUCUCACUGCGCUUUCCGUUCACAGAACUGCAGAAGGAGCUCAAGGCGUUACACGAGGCCAACCGGGCGCUGACUCUAUACGUGACCAAGAUCGUGGAGCGAGUAUGCAGUCAAGAAGGAUUCGAAAAGGUAUUGGCCGUCGACUACCGGAACGCUACGCCGAAGGCCGCUGCUCCGGCUUUCGUCGCUGCCGAGGAAGCGCCCGCAUCGAAGAGCCAGCAGCCAACCGACGACCAAGAAGUGAUCAAGUUCAGGCCGUCUGCGGCCUCGAGGACUUCAGCGUCACUACAAAGCCCGAACGCAUCUAGUACUCUUUCGCCUACGUCCGCGCAGAAGAAAGGUUGGGGUGAUACCCUGUCGGCCGUCCUACCGUUCACCCUCACGCGCACCCCUCAAGUCGCCUCUGCCGUGCCGACAGGUAUGAAGCCAUUGCGACUGACGUCGGAUGGGUCCGCCAGAAAGGUCGCAAUUUCGGAUGAGAUCGAAGAUGAAGAUGAUAUCCGUGAACGAGAACUGCUACGACAAGAAAUGGCCCGCAUCGGCAUUUCCUCAACUGCAGCGAGUGAUCCGACCUCAGCCCUGCCCACGGCCUCGACGGGAGGCAACAACUGGAUUGGUAAAAAGUCGAGUAGUAGCGACCGCAGCAGCUCAACUAGGCACAGUGUCGGAUCCGCCAGUUCCUCAAAUCCGGGCGACAGCUCUUUGAGCGGCUCGACGCGAACGACCCAGACGUCACCACCGACUCCCCAGGAGAUUGAUGCCGAGGUACAGGAGGUACUUCAGCUUCGCGUGGUCAAGGAGAAGCAGGCCAAGGAAGCGCUCGAGCAGGGUAAGGCCUCUGGGUUCACGGAGCCACGUCGCUUAUCACGACCAUCCUCCUUGAUGCGUCAUCCCAGUCGGUCAAGUGUUUCUUACAUCACGGGCUCGGCGACUCCCAUCGGCAUCGGACUUGGCAUCGAUGCAGGGCUAGCCGCACCGAACAAGAGUCCCGGCCUCGCUGGCGCCACAAGUCACAAGCCGGGAGAUACAUCGGCGGUCAACUCACCUGUUUCUGUGGCCGAAGUAGACUCGGCAGCUCCUUGGGGUAGCAAGGCACUUCGACGGCUGUCCAUGGGAUGGACCGCACCGGCUCCGACCUCUUGA